GGCCGGGUGCAGCUGACGAGAAUAAUGAUCGUCAUCAACCCUCUGGAGAACCUGAAGCUGUACAUCAGCAGCCGGCCUCCGCUGGUGGUCUUCAUGAUCAGUGUCAGUGCUAUGGCCAUAGCCUUCCUGACCCUGGGCUACUUCUUCAAAAUCAAGGAGAUCAAGUCACCAGAAAUGGCAGAGGAUUGGAAUACAUUUCUGCUACGGUUUAAUGAUUUGGACUUUUGUGUAUCGGAAAACGAAACACUGAAGCACCUCUCCAAUGACACCACCACCCCAGAAAGCACCAUGACCAGCGGGCAGGUCCGAGUAUCCACCCAGGUCCCCCAGACCCUGGAGGAAUCAGGCCCUGUUAACAUCUCAGUGGCAAUUACCCUGACUCUUGACCCUCUCAAGCCCUUUGGAGGGUACUCUUGCAAUGUCACUCACCUGUACUCUACCAUCCUAGGACAUCAGAUUGGACUGUCAGGCAGACAAGCUCACGAGGAGAUAAAUAUCACCUUCACCCUGCCUGCUGCAUGGAGUUCUGAUGACUGUGCUCUCCAUGGUCACUGUGAGCAGGUGGUGUUCACAGCCUGCAUGACCCUCACAGCCACUCCUGGCGUCUUCCCUGUCACUGUACAGCCACCACACUGUGUUCCUGACCCAUACAGCAAUGCCACACUCUGGUAUAAGAUCUUCACAACUGCCAGAGAUGCUAACACAAAGUAUGCUCAAGACUACAAUCCUUUCUGGUGUUACAAGGGGGCCAUCGGAAAAGUGUACCAUGCACUAAAUCCCAAGCUCACCAUUAUUGUUCCAGAUGAUGACCGUUCAUUAAUAAAUUUGCAUCUCAUGCACACCAGUUACUUCCUCUUCGUGAUGGUGAUAACGAUGUUUUGCUAUGCUGUUAUCAAAGGCAGGCCCAGCAAAUUACGUCAGAGCAAUCCUGAAUUUUGUCCUGAGAAGGUGGCUUUGGCUGAAGCCUAAUCCCACAGCUCCGUUUUUCUGAGACUGAGAACCAUGAUUGUUGCCUGCUGAACCAGCCAGGGCCUGGUCACUCUGUGAAUACACAAUCUUGCAAUGUUGGGUUAUUCCAGCCAAAGACAUUUCAAGUGCCUGUAACUGAUUUGUACAUAUUUAUAAAAAUUGAUCUGGAAACUGGUCCAUUGAUGCA